CUCCCUCAUCUUCUUCUUCUUCUUCACAGUCGCACUCGCAGCCGCACCAGGUUCAGGGUUAUUUUUAUUUUAUUAUUAUUUUUAAGUGGUGGGCCCACGAAGAAAAAAUUGAAAAAAAAAAAAAAAAAUUGUGAAUCGCCAUUCAUCCUUCCUUCCUUAUCUGCUCUCUCUCAUCUCAUAUCCGGUAAACAUCGGCGUUGCCCUUCUCUUCUCCUCUUCUUCUCUCUUCCCUUUCUUCAAAACAUCAAAUCUAUAUGGCCUCCUCGGGUGGGCUCAACUGCCCACUAAUCUCCACGGUUAAGACCGCAACAUUCUCUCGUCGUCCCCGUUCUAACAAUCCUCCUUUUCUGUUGCUCCCUAAAAGGACUAGUGUAAUUUCAGCUGCCGCAGUUCCCAUUUCUAAUGCCCAGACACGAGAAAGGAUGAAGCUGAAAGAGAUGUUUGAGGAUGCGUACGAGAGGUGCCGGACGGCCCCCAUGGAAGGUGUGUCCUUCACCAUGGAAGAUUUCCAAAUCGCCCUUGAAAAGUAUGAUUUCAACUCUGAAAUUGGCACCAAGGUGACCGGCACAGUUUUCAAUAUCGAUGCAAAUGGAGCAUUAGUUGACAUAACUGCAAAAUCAUCAGCUUACUUGCCUCUCCGAGAAGCAUCCAUCCACAGUAUCAAACAUGUAGAGGAGGCUGGCAUAGUUCCCGGCUUGCGUGAAGAGUUCAUAAUCAUUGGGGAGAAUGAGGCUGAUGAUAGUUUAAUCUUGAGCUUGCGUUCAAUUCAAUAUGAUCUUGCCUGGGAACGCUGCAGACAGCUUCAAGCUGAAGAUGUUGUUGUUAAGGGAAAGGUAAUUGGAGCUAACAAAGGUGGCGUGGUGGCAGUGGUGGAGGGUCUCCGAGGUUUUGUGCCAUUUUCACAAAUCUCAUCGAAAUCAGCUGCUGAGGAGCUUCUGGAAAAGGAACUCCCUCUUAAAUUUGUUGAGGUUGACGAGGAGCAAUCGAGGUUAGUGCUGAGUAAUCGGAAGGCCAUGGCUGAUAGUCAGGCGCAGCUUGGAAUUGGUUCUGUAGUGGUUGGGACUGUCCAGAGCUUGAAACCAUACGGUGCCUUCAUUGAUAUCGGUGGAAUAAAUGGGCUGCUGCAUGUCAGCCAAAUCAGUCACGACCGUGUCUCAGAUAUCGCCACUGUACUUCAGCCUGGCGACAUUUUGAAGGUAAUGAUUCUAAGCCAUGAUCGUGAAAGAGGCCGAGUGAGCCUCUCCACUAAGAAGUUAGAGCCUACGCCUGGUGACAUGAUUCGGAAUCCAAAGCUUGUUUUUGAAAAGGCGGAAGAGAUGGCUCAGACUUUCAGGCAGAGAAUAGCUCAGGCAGAAGCUAUGGCUCGAGCUGAUAUGCUGAGAUUCCAACCUGAGAGUGGAUUGACCCUGAGCUCGGAAGGGAUCUUGGGACCUUUGACAGCUUCAGAACUGCCGGCAGAAGGCUUGGAUUUAGGCGACAUCCCCCCUGCCGAGGAAUAGAUUUAGGGAUUCGAUGAGGAGGAGGAAGGAGGAGGAGGAGGAAGAAGAAGACACACACAACUUAUCCAAAAUUAUUAUGCAUAGUAGUAAUCUAUGUAUAGUAGUAGAGACUUGGAAACCUGCUGUUGUUCUUAUUACACCCUUUUAACUCCACUCCACGCUCUCUAUCUAGCAUGGACAUUCACAGAUUGAUUUUUUCAGAGGAAGUUGAAUGGUUAAUACUGUUUUCCAACAAAA